AGAAUUAUGGGGAGCAGCAGGAUGAAGCCGGGGAGGUGAUCGUUCCAGCCCUGUGAGGCGCCUCUGGAGUGCUGUGCCCAGCUCUGGGCACAAGAGAGGAGAGACACGGAGCUCCUUAAGCGGGUCCAGCGAGGGUGACAAAGAUGAGGGCUCUGGAGCAUCUCGGUUAUGAGGAAAGGCUGAGGGAGCUGAGGCUCUUCAUGCCUUGGGAAUAGACUGCUGAGAGAGGGAAAUUCAUGUAUAAAUAUCCAUGGGAGAGAUCAGAGGUUGGAUCCAGGCUCUGUUCCAAAGGGUCCAGCCAUGGGACAAGAGGAACAGGCAGGAACUGAUGCAAGGGAAGUUCCACUCUGCAAUCUGGAAGAACUUUUUGGGUGGCCAAGCACCGGAAGAGAUUGGCCAGAGAGGCUGGGGAGUCUCCCUGUACACUCACUUUUCCAACAGUGUUAAAAGGAGAGUGAUAACUGUGAUAUCACAUCCCCUGCAGCCCUGUCAGCUCUCAGCCCCGUGAGUCACCUGCCUUUCUCCCUUCCAGCAUGUCCAAAAUCCUGAAAUGUGCAGGGAACGAGGACAUCAUCACCCUGCGGGCUGAGGACAACGCAGACACCUUGGCCCUGGUGUUCGAGGCACCCAACCAGGAAAAGGUUUCUGAUUACGAGAUGAAGCUGAUGGAUCUCGAUGUGGAGCAGCUGGGAAUCCCAGAGCAGGAGUACAGCUGUGUGGUGAAGAUGCCCUCGGCUGAGUUUGCCCGCAUCUGCCGGGACCUGAGCCACAUCGGUGACGCCGUGGUCAUCUCCUGCGCCAAGGACGGCGUCAAGUUCUCGGCCAACGGCGAGCUGGGCAACGGCAACAUCAAACUGUCCCAGACCAGCAACGUGGACAAGGAGGAGGAGGCUGUCACAAUCGAGAUGAACGAGCCGGUGCAGCUGACCUUCGCCCUGAGGUACCUGAACUUCUUCACCAAAGCCACGCCGCUGUCCCCCACGGUCACACUCAGCAUGUCUGCAGAUGUCCCUCUGGUUGUGGAGUACAAGAUCGCUGACAUGGGACACCUGAAGUACUACCUGGCCCCAAAGAUCGAGGACCAGCAGGAUGACUCUUAACUGGAGCAGGACUGGGGGGAUCUGCUCCUGCCUGGAGGGGGCAAUUCCAGAGCUUUGGAGCAUCCUGGGAGCACUGUAGCUGUUUUGUAGAUAAUCCUUGUAAAUAUUUUUCAACUCACUAUUUUGCUAUCCUGGUAUUGGAAAUAGGAAACCUGAGUUUUUCUAGUCUGUUCCUCUACUCCCAACGAUCUCUUGGAUGCUGUCUGAAGGUGAAUUUCUUACUCCUUUCAGCUGCUGUUGGAGAAGAGGGGCAAUAUUUAAUGGGUCAAGAUAUUUCCUGGAGUUUCCCCUGUGGAGCUGUAGCUUAGGGUUGCUGUUUCAUUAUCCCACAAGUUUAUUUGACCCUUACUUCAUUUAUUUUUGAAGCCGAUAUUCUGACUGAAACUUGGAAAUAAAAAACACAAUUCCAUGG